AUGUACAUGAAGAACUUUGACCAUAUUCCCAUGAUCACACUUUCCCUGGCUAGUCCCUUUCAGGUUCCUCAGUUUUUCCCUUUUAGUACAGAAGCUGUUGCUUGGCUGGAAAGAAAUUAUAAUUUGAAGACACAGAAAUUAGACUUGGACAUUCAGGAGCUGUUUGACCCUGACAUAGAAUUUGAGCGUAUCAACAUGUUCUGGGGCCUGUUUUUAAAUGUCUGUUUUAUUUCUCAUUGCAAGUUUGCUUCUAGCCAUAUAAAGGAGGGCCUGAUCAUGGAGCAGGACCCAGAGAGCCGAGAGUCUAUCGAGAACUUUACCACUGACUAUAAGAUCAUAAGAACCCUGGGAAGGGGACGAUUUUCAGUCGUAAAAAUGGCCUACCACGUCCCAACCCUCACCUGUGUAGCUAUAAAAGUUCUCAAGAACACCGAGAAGUGCUCCUCAGUGAUGAGCAGGGAAGUUGACAUUCUAAAGUCCCUGGGCCAUCCUCAUAUCAUCAAGGUGGUCGAAGUGGUCCAGACAAGAGAGGCCACCCACCUGGUCAUGGAGCAUGCCUCUCAGGGAGACCUACAGGACCGAAUCCGGGAAUGUGGAUAUUUAAAGUCGUGGGAGGCCCGAAGAAUGUUUAGACAGAUAUUAGAGGCAGUACAAUUCUGCCAUGACAAUAAUAUUGUCCACCGAGACAUAAAGGCCAACAACAUUUUGAUAGACGGAAGGUCGAAUGCCAAGCUCUGUGAUUUUGGCCUAGCUGCUAAAACACUUCCUGGGCAGAAGCUGAUUGAUUUCUGUGGCACGCUGCCAUACUGUGCGCCAGAAUUCUUUGAAGCUGAGGAAUAUGAGGGCCGCCCAUUUGAUGUAUGGAGUGUAGGUGUCCUCCUCUUCUUCAUGGUGACUGGGCACUUGCCUUUCCUAGGCAAGUCAUUUGCAGAGGUGAGGAGACAAAUCAGUUCAGCCAAUUUCAGCAUUCCGCCUCAUGUUGACAACGAUAUUUUCAAUGUUAUAGUGGAAAUGCUGAUGAUAAAUCCCAGCAGGAGGCCCAGCAUCCAGCAAAUUAUGAUGCGCCCCAUGAUCAAAGACAGCCAGGCCUACUCACCACAGACAUCCAUACAGACGUUCAGAGGAACACCAAGCCCUAGCACCAUCAAAGCCAUGAGAGUCAUGAGGCAUACACCUGAGAAAAGCACUGAGUCUCUGAUAGACCAAAAUAUCAACGAGGUGCUGGCAACAUACUUGAUUCAACAGCACAAGCCACUCAGGAAAGUCUGCACACACCACCAAGUGGAGCCAGGUCUAGAAGAUCUUCACUCCUUCCCUCGUUUUCUUAAGAGAAAGGGACCUCUUCUCUCCUCCUUCACCUUGUCCUCACAUUCAUCCAAUAUUCCGGAGAAGGAGGAUAGGAAGAAUUCCAGGAAGGUUCCUCCUGGAAGGAGGAGGGACAGGUGUUAUGAGCAGAGUCAAAAGAAUAACUUAAUGAUGGAGCAGCAAAUUGGUGUGGCCCUAGCUCAUGACAGCUUCCGGCCUCCACUGGAUCCAGGCAGCCAAGGACAUUUGAUCCUGCUGGACAACGGACUGGACACAAUGAGUGGCCUGAUGAGUGGACCGUUGGACCGUUUGGGACUCACCUGGACUAAAAUCCAUGUAUAA